AUGAAAAAGUUUAUACCAGAAGUAAAAGAAGUUAAAUAUAUUGAAAAUAAAGAUCAACAACAAGCAGUUGAAGAACAACAAAAAAUCGAAGAUAGUCAUUGUCCACCCAAGUGCCAUGCUCAUCCUACGGCUUUUAUUCGUGCUCCUGGAACGGAUAAUAAUUCUUUAUAUACACAUAUUUAUGUGGGAGUAAGAAUUGGUCGCCAAUUAAAUGGAAAUAAUAACUACGAGCCAGUUAUGCCAACCGCCUAUCGUUGUGCUCAUCAAGAUUGUCCUAGCAUUAGCAAGUCGCCAAUUACCAAAACCGAAGUUGCUUUUGGUAAAAUUUAUGGCUUUCAAAAACAAAAAAACGAAUUGGUUCAAAUGCUUAGUGCUCAAAACUACCUUGAUUCCCAAAUUGAGAUAGCGAAAGUAUUAGGUAAAGAAUUUUACUUAAUUCCUUUAUCAGGCAAAAGCGAAGCUAAUUACUUAACUGGAGAUAGUUCUAUUUAUCGAGCCUCUAAUCAUGGUCAAAUAAUUCAAGCAUUUCUUUCAACCAGAAGUGCUAACCCGCUAAUUCUUUUAGAUGAAGUAGAUAAAAUGGGCAAGGGAGACUCAGGCGGAAGAGGACCAAUUCGUCAUGCACUUCUCGAAAUCCUUGAUCCUCUUCAAAAUAAACAAUUCAAAGACCAAUAUUUAGAUGCUGAAAUAGAUUUGUCCCAAAUUACUUUUGUUUUGACUGCUAAUAGCGCCGAUGAUUUAGACCCCGCUUUAAAAUCUCGAAUAGAAAUUAUUGAACUAGAAGGGUAUUCUCCCCAAGAUAAAAAACAUAUUGCUAAACUAAUUUUGGAAGAACUUUUUGAAAAAGUAAACUAUCUAAAUUAUAAAUAUUUAGAAAUCUCCGAUGCUGCUUGGGAAAAACUUAUUUCUCUCACUCAUGAAGAAGGAGUAAGGCAAAUAAAACAAGGGAUUAAUAAAAUUCUAAUUUAUUGUUAUGACAAAUGA